AUGGCAAAGAAACAAAACUUUUCUUCUUAUUUUCUCCACUUAGCUAUAUGUGUUGUUGCCAUCAAUCCCGCAGAUGCAUAUGAGAGGAAAUUACCAGCUAUUUUCAUUUUUGGGGACUCUGCCAUUGAUAUUGGGACUAACAAUUUCUUAAACUCCUAUGCAAGGGCUAAUUUCCGUUAUAAUGGGAUUGAUUUUCCUCACUCAAAACCAACAGGAAGGUUCAGCAAUGGCUUCAAUAUUGGAGAUCAAUUAGCAAUGAGGUUUGGGUUUAAGAAGAGUCCACCAGCUUUUCUCUACCUUCUCAACCACACGUCAAUUGAUUUUAAGAAGAAGGUUCAGCGUGGUGUGAACUUUGCUUCUGCUGGGGCUGGCAUUCUUGAUGAAACCGGAUUCAAAGCUUGGAAUGCAGUAAUACCUCUGUCACAGCAAAUUCAACAAUUUAAAACAGUCAUGCGAAAUAUCACAGAGGUGAAAGGUCCGAAUGCAACUGCUAAGAUUAUCGCUAAAUCCUUGUACAUCUUUUGUGUCGGAGCUAACGAAUUCUUCGAUUAUAUGCGAAACAAAAGUACUGCACCUAAGGAACAGUUCGUCGCUUCCGUACUGUCUACAUACCAAGACCAUUUAAAGAAUGUGUACAACAUGGGUGCAAGAAAAUUUGGUAUUAUGGGAGUUCCACCGAUUGGUUGCUGUCCAUAUGCACGAGCUAUUAACGAAAAAGAAGGUGGUGGUGACGCAUGUAUGCAGCUGUUGAAUGAUUUUGCUCAGGCUUUCUAUAACUCAACUCUCAUUCUGUUACAAAGGAUGAGUUCAGAAUUGCCAGAACUCAAGUAUUCACUUGCAAACGUAUAUGAAAUGACUGCGGAUUUCAUUGACAACUAUGCUUUCUUUGGCUUCAAGGAUGUGAAGAAUGCAUGCUGUGGACUGGGGAAUUACAAUGGAGAGCUAGCAUGCUAUGAACCUAUCAGUCCCAAUCUUUGCCAGAAUCGGAGUGAGUACCUGUUUUGGGACUUGUAUCAUCCGUCUCAAGCUGCUGCUGCAUUGUUAGCUGAAAACCUAUUUCGUGGAGACUCUAGGUACUUAACUCCAAUGAAUUUUAGUCAGUUGGCUGAGGCUCAAGUCCACAUCUAG